AUGUGUCCUCAAUUGCAAGAAGAAGAAUAUGAACAAGCAAAUGUUAUAGGAGGCUAUUCUGGGUAUAAUCAAAGAACUUAUGAUCAACCCCGAGGCAAUCAAGGGUGGAACAACAAUCAAAACAUGGGCUAUCAACAAAGACCACCACCCCAUUACCAAGCUAGGCCUCCAUUCCCACAACAAAAUUAUCAUCCGAGGCAACCACAACCUCCUCCUCAACAAUUCGGAUCCUCAAGUAUGUCCUUAGAAGACAUAGUCAAAAGCCUUGCCACCAGAACCCAAAGUUUUCAGCAAGAGACCAAGGCAAGCAUCAAGAAUCUUGAGCAACAAAUGGCACAACUUGCUCAAUCGGUGAGCAAAAUGGAGAAUCAAGGAAAGCUACCUCCUCAAACUGAAAAGAACCCAAAGCAUAAUGCUUGUGCAAUUAGCUUGAGGAGUGGAAAGAAAUAUGACGGCCCGAAGAUGCCUGAAGAAGAAGAAGAGGAGUUGGUGAUAGAAGAACCACCAAAGAAGGAUGAAAAUAAAGAAGAAAUGGUGGAGAAAAAGAAGCCUGAAGAGAAAGAAGCAAAGAUCACACCACCACCUUUUCCAUCAAGAUUGAGCAGCAACAAAAAAGAGAGAGAAGAUAGUGAAAUCAUGGCAAUGUUCCAGAUAGUUAAAGUCAACAUCCCUCUCUUAGAUGCGAUCAAACAGGUACCUAGAUAUCCUAAGUUCCUUAAGGAACUUUGCACAUCUAAAAAGAAGCUGCGAGGUAAUGAGACAGUGAAAGUAUGUGAAAAUGUGUCUGCAGUUUUGCAGAAAAGGAUGCCCUCAAAGUGCAAGGAUCCAGGUGUUUUUACCGUUCCUUGCAAAUUGGGAAACUUGUAUGUCCCUCGUGCUAUGUUAGAUUUAGGUGCUUCAAUUAAUGUUUUACCAUACUCUGUUUAUAAAUCUAUUGGCAUGGGCACUUUAACAAAAACAAGGGUGAUCAUCCAACUUGCAGAUCGUUCUAUAGUACACCCAAAAGGUGUAUUAGAGGAUGUUUUGGUGCAAGUUAAUGAGCUUGUCUUUCCUGCAGAUUUUUAUGUGCUUGAUAUGGGAGAUGAUGACCAUCCAUCCUCGAGUUCCAUACUUUUAGGUAGACCAUUCUUGAAAAUAGCAAGAACAAAAAUUGAUGUCUACAAUGGUACAUUGUCCAUGGAAUUCGAUGGGGAGGUCAUCAACUUCAAUAUCUAUGAAGCAAUGAGGUACCCAAGUGAUGUUCAUUGCAUAAAUUUUGUUGAUAUAAUCCAACCUUUGACUGAAAAGUGUUUUGAGUUGACUAACCAUGAUUUGUUGGAGUUAGUUUUGAGCAGGAAUUUUGAUAACAAUUCAGUGAAAGAGAUUACAUAA